CACUGACUGGCACUGAUAGAUGGCACUGAUUGGCAGCACUGAUAGGUGUCACUGACUGGCAUUAAUAGGUGGCACUGACUGGCACUGAUAGGUGGCACUGAAAGGCAGCUCAGAUGGGCACUGAUUUGUGGCAUUGAUGUGCACUGGUAGGCACUGAUAUGUGGCACUGAUGUGGCACUGGAAGGUGGCAUUGAUGAGCACUGACAGCUGGCAUUGAUGGACACUGACAGGUGGCACUGAUGGGGCCACACUGAUCAUCAUGGCACACUGAUCAUCAGUGCCCUGAUGAUCAGUGUACGUGUCCCCUCUGAGGAAUGCCGAUUACCGGCUCUCCUCUCCUCACGAGCUGUCAGCGCGACACUGAUCAUCAGUGUCCUGAUUAUCAGUGUAGCCCCAUCAGUGCUGCCUUUCAGUUCCCAUAAUUGCUGCCUGUCAGUGCCUAUCAAUGCCAUAUACCAGUGCAUAUCAAUGCCACAUACCAGUGCCCAUCAGAGCUGCCUUUCAGGGAUGCCUAUUAGUGCCAGUCAGUGCCACCUAUCAGUACCCAUCAGUGCCACCUAACAGUUUCAAUCAGUGCCAGUCAGUGCCACCUAUCCCUGCCAUAUAUCAGUGCUGCCUUUCAGUGCCCAUCAGUGCUGCCUGUCAAUGCCCAUCAGUG